UUUGACCACUUCCAGAUUCUCCGGGCCAUUGGGAAGGGGAGCUUCGGAAAGGUGUGCAUCGUGCAGAAGAGGGACACAGAGAAGAUGUACGCCAUGAAGUACAUGAACAAACAGCAGUGCAUAGAGAGAGACGAGGUCCGAAACGUCUUUAGAGAGCUAGAGAUUCUACAGGAAAUUGAACAUGUUUUUUUAGUAAACCUCUGGUACUCGUUCCAGGACGAGGAGGACAUGUUCAUGGUGGUGGAUCUGCUGCUGGGAGGGGACCUGCGCUACCACCUCCAACAGAACGUCCAUUUCAACGAGGACGCUGUCAAACUCUACCUGUGUGAGAUGACCCUGGCACUGGACUACCUGCAGAGCCAGCACAUCAUCCACAGGGAUAUCAAACCAGACAACAUCUUGUUGGACGAGCAAGGCCACGCCCACCUGACAGACUUCAAUGUUGCUACAAUAAUCAAGGAUGGAGAGAGGGCCACUGCCUUAGCUGGAACCAAGCCCUACAUGGCACCAGAGAUCUUCCAGUCCUUUGUGAGUGGGGGCACGGGUUAUGCCUUUGAGGUGGACUGGUGGUCACUAGGCGUGACGGUCUUCGAGGUGCUGCGUGGAUGGAGACCCUAUGAAAUCCAUGCCAGUAACUCAGUGGAGUCUUUAAUGCAGCUCUUUAGUACUGUCAGUGUGCAGUACAACACCGCCUGGCCCAAGGACCUGGUCCAUCUCAUGAGGAAGCUGCUGACUGUGAACCCAGAGCAUCGUUUCUCCAGCCUGUCUCACAUGCAGACGGCUCCCUACCUCUCUGACAUCAACUGGGACGCUGUCUACGAGAAGAAGAUAGAUGCUGGGUUCGUUCCUAACAAGGGCCGUCUGCAUUGCGACCCCACCUUUGAGCUGGAGGAGAUGAUACUAGAAUCUCGUCCCCUCCACAAGAAGAAGAAAAGACUGGCCAAGAACAGGUCACGGGAAGCCAGCAAGGAUUCCCAGUCGGAGAACGACUACCUACAGGAGUGCCUUGAAGUGGUGCAGUCUGAGUUCAUGAUCUUCAACCGCGAGAAGUUGAAAAAGAGGCAGGAGGAGGGUGCAGAGGGAGGGGAGUCUGAAGGAGCUGCCGAGGGCGGUGAUGAUGGCGAUGGAGACGGAUCCGGGGAGGCUGAGGGAGGCACAGAGGAUGAGGACCCUGAACCCGAGUCCUCCUCCAAACGAAGCAUGUGCGGCUCGGUCUGCUCCUCUCCUGGCAGCUGCUAGCACCACACCACCACCUGGUGGUCUCUCAGGCUGCUGUGUGUGUGUGUGGAACCAUGCCUAUAGAUACUCUAACCUCUCCUAUGUAGCCAUGAUGACUGGAGGAACUGGAACGCACAGCAGGACAACAACGCACAAGCAGGACACAAAAUGGCUCUCCUAUUUCUUCUUCUGUAGCAUCCACCGUUAAGGCAUGAAUGAAACUGCAGGGUUACAGAGCGGUCCCGCCCUCCGCGCCCUAGAAUAAGCUCUAACUAAUUUCUAUGCAACGUAUAGCAUGAAAGUAAGGUAUCACUAUGAGAGGGGAUAAAAAGCAGCAGAAGCCACACGAUAUAUGAGCAUGACAACAUACAGAGAAAUAGGAGCCAGGUUUUAAGAGUUUCAAAAAAAAAAAAUUGUUUUUUUUUUGCGUUCCCGCUCUUUUAGCCUCGAGUAGAUGUAGCUACCUCUGCAAACUCACGUACUGAAUUAUUCAACUGAGUUAGACACUCUUAGUUUUCUUUCCCUGUGUAGCUCGUGCAAUCCCUCUCCUACUCUCUGUGCAGUCCUCCUAUUCUGA